UUCUGAAAUAGAAUAACCUUCUUACUUCAUUUGGCCCUGCCCAUGUCAGCCACGAUGAUAACGAAGGCAGCUGCAGGGAAGGAAGGAUACUUAAACAAGGCCGGUUUUACCAAUAUCAAUAUCAUGAACGUUCAGAAUCCAAGACAGUCAUACUCCCUACUCUGUAACAAUGACAGAAACACGCCUCUUCAAGCCCCUCCAAAUCGGCCCCAUCCAAGUCCAGCACCGCAUCGGAAUGGCCCCUUUAACCCGCCGCCGCGCAACCCCAGACCGAAUCCCGAACCCCAUGAUGAAAGAGUACUACACCCAACGAGCCUCCGUGCCCGGAACCCUCAUCAUCACCGAGGGGACCCUGAUCUCCGCCGCCGCUGCCGGCGGAUUCCCCAGCGCUCCCGGCAUCUGGCGGGCCGACCAAAUAGCCGCGUGGAAGGAGAUCACCGACGCGGUUCAUGAACGGGGUAGCUUUAUCUACGUGCAGCUGUUCGGGAUGGGUCGCGCGGCCGAGGCAGCGGUGGCCACGAGCGAGGGGAUCGAGAUCGUGGCCCCCAGCGCAGUCCCCAUCCCAUAUGACGAAAACCCCGACGCGCCGACGCCGCGGGCCAUGAGCCGUGCCGAGAUCCAGCAGACGAUUGUCGACUUUGUGACGGCGGCGCAGAACGCCCGCGCGGCGGGCUUCGAUGGGGUCGAGAUCCACGGCGCCAACGGCUACCUCCUAGACCAGUUUCUCCAGGACACGAGUAACCAACGGGACGACGAGUACGGGGGCAGCGUAGCGAACAGAUCCCGACUGCUUCACGAGGUGCUGCAGGCCGUGGUGGAGGUGAUGAGCGCGGACCGGGUCGGGCUGCGACUGAGUCCCUGGUCUCAGUUUCAGGGGAUGCGCAUGGAAGAUCCGGUGCCGCAGUUCGCGGAUAUUGUUGACCGGGCCCGCGGCUUAGAUCUCGCGUACCUUUCUCUCGUUGAGGCGCGAAUAUUCGGGGCAUGGGUUGACGAGGGGAGUAGUGUGGAAGAGGAGGAGACGUUGGACUUUGCGUUCGAGCGCUGGAAUGGGCCGAUUCUGGUGGCGGGGGACUAUGGGCUGGAAAAGGCGCGGAGGCUGGUCGAUGAGCAGUACCCGAACAAGGAGAUCGUGGUGUUGUUCGGACGGCAUUUCAUCUCGAAUCCCGACCUGGUGUAUCGGUUCAAGGAGGGGGUCGAGUUAACCAGGUACCAGCGCGAGACGUUCUAUGAGAUCGGCUCGGCGAGGGGUUAUGUGGAUUAUCCAUUUAGCGAGGAGUUCUCGUUGUAUGGAACAGAGAAAUAUCUGGAAUCCGGUUCUCAAUAAUUGGCUAGUUGGCAAUGCCACCUGUUCUUGGUUAAUCGAAGUACUGACGCUAUCCUCACCGGUUAGAACUACCGAAAUGGGUGGAUUCCCCGCGUGGUAGAUUGUAUGAACAAAACAUGAAGUCGAGUAGUGUGUUGGAAGUAGGAGAAUCAACGAUAUUGCCACAGCCGUGGCCCUAAACGGCAGGCGCCCCUGCGCGUUGUCCCUUCCCCUUACGGAGGCAGAUACCCACAGUACCGAGUAUGAAAGAUGGUUUAUACCGGCGGGGAUAAUUUGGUAUGGAUUAUAAAUCAUAAUAAGUAGUAAAUGUUACACAGAACAUUUCAGUAGUACUGAAAUAUGCAGUAGAAGGGAAGAUAAGAGCAGAGCACAGUAUGUAAAGAAAGACAUGGGAUUAUUGCAGUAAUUAAUAAUGAUAGUAAUAGUAACCCUAACCACUUCACUUC